UGAAAAUUAGAAAACAUUCGGCAGUCGAAGGAUUAGGUACUCGGUAGAUUUGUAUUGGGUGAAUCUGGGAGCCAAGUAGGCAUGUGGGGUCCCCUUCCUUCCUUCCUGCCCACAUUUCACACUUUUUUAAGAUCCAAAACAAACUGAAUCAACGUUUACCUUUUGACUACCCUUUAAGUGUCCCUACAGCAACCCUCUAUAUAUACACGCACUCACAUCCUGCAUUUGUAUUCUGGUUACUGAAGCAGACUUCAUACCCUUCCAUUCGAGCUUAAGAUUUAGAGGAUGGCUGUGAGAAGGCCUGGUUUAAUUGCUUUGUUUGAUGUCGAUGGCACUCUAACCGCGGCAAGGAAGGGGAUUACUCCAAGGAUGUUGAAAUUCAUGCAGGAUUUGCGGAAGGUUGUCACUGUUGGCAUUGUUGGAGGAUCGGACCUUGUUAAGAUAUCAGAACAGCUAGGGUCAACAGUCAUAAAUGACUAUGAUUAUGUCUUUGCCGAGAAUGGCCUUGUGGCCUAUAAGGAUGGAAAGCUAGUUGGGACACAGAGCUUGAAGACACAUCUAGGGGAGGAUAAUAUUAAGGACUUUGUCAAUUUUACUCUCCAUUAUCUUGCUGACUUAGAUAUCCCUAUAAAAAGGGGAACUUUCAUUGAGUUUCGAAGUGGGAUGAUCAAUGUCUCACCAAUUGGGAGAAACUGCAGUCAAGAAGAAAGAGAUGAGUUUGAGAAGUAUGAUAAGGUUCAUAAUAUACGCUCGAAAAUGGUAGAAGUUCUAAGAGAAAAGUUCGCUCAUCUUAACCUAACGUUUUCCAUUGGUGGGCAAAUAAGCUUCGACGCCUUCCCACAAGGCUGGGAUAAAACUUAUUGCUUGAAGUACUUGGAUGAAUUCGAAGAGAUUCACUUCUUUGGAGAUAAGACUUACAAGGGAGGAAAUGAUCAUGAGAUUUAUGAAUCCGAGCGAACUGUUGGUCACACAGUUACGAGCCCAGAUGAUACUCUGAACCAGUGUACUACUCUAUUCCUCAACAAGCAAGGUUGAGGUACCCGGCUCAUCCUUCUUCUGGUGACGCUUGUGCUCUAAGACUUCUCACUACCUAAGGGUUGGGAAGAAAAGUUCUUGUACACAAUCUUUUGUACUUGAUGUUUUCAUAGAUAUGUUUUUUAUCUCGUGUUAAUUAUAUACAAUAUAUAAUGUAAUUUUCUUUGUCAA